AUGAUCUCGAACGCCAGCGGUGCUCUGGGGGAAGAUGGCAUCCACGUCGAUAUGAACCACCUGAAAAAAGGCGAGGUCAACCUUGGAACCUCGAUCAUGGCAAUCAACUUCAAAGAUGGCGUCAUCCUUGGUGCGGAUAGUCGGACGACUACCGGUGCAUACAUUGCCAACCGAGUCACAGACAAACUUACACAAGUUCACGACACUAUUUGGUGCUGCCGGUCUGGUUCCGCCGCGGACACGCAGGCCGUCGCCGAUAUCGUCUCAUACCACCUCAACAUGUAUGGCAUCGUUAAUGAGGAGCCCCCAAGCACGCAGACGGCGGCCGCUCUUUUCCAGGAACUAUGUUACGAAAAUAAAGACGCGCUUAGCGCGGGAAUCAUCAUUGCGGGCUAUGAUCGACGACACGGCGGACAGGUAUAUUCGAUUCCACUUGGCGGUUCGCUCCAUAAACAGGCCUAUGCCAUUGGCGGGUCCGGAUCUACCUACAUCUACGGAUACUGCGAUGCCAACUGGAAGGAAGGCAUGACAGAGGAGGAGGGCGUUGACUUCGUCAAAAGUGCAUUGGGCGAGGCUAUCAAAUGGGAUGGCAGUUCUGGUGGUGUAAUCCGCAUGGUCGUGCUCACAGCCAAGGGAGCAAUUCGUCACCUAUAUUUGCCUGACAAUGGUUAUACCGGCCCGGGCCCGGCCAGAUAA